AUGGGUAUCCAUUGGUGCUCUGUUAUUGUCUCUGUUCUUGGGUUCUUGGUAUUGGAAUCAGUUUUGUUUGUUGAUGGAGGAUUAACCAGUAGUUUUAUACGAAAAGUUGAGAAAACCAUUGACAUGCCUCUUGAUAGUGAUGUAUUUCGUGAGCCUCCUGGUUAUAAUGCGCCUCAACAGGUUCAUAUAACCCAAGGUGAUCAUGUGGGGAAGGCAGUGAUUGUGUCUUGGGUGACAAUGGAGGAACCAGGCUCAACCACAGUUGUUUAUUGGAGUGAAAACAACAAAAAGAAGUUCAUAGCCAAAGGCAUUGUUACUACCUACAUAUUCUACAAUUAUAUCUCUGGAUUCAUCCAUCAUUGUAAUAUUUCUGAUUUGGAGUACGAUACAAAAUACUACUAUGAGGUUGGGAUUGGACAUACAACGCGGACUUUUUGGUUCACAACUCCUCCUAAAGUUGGACCCGAUGUCCCUUAUACUUUUGGCCUUAUUGGUGAUCUUGGGCAAAGUUUUGAUUCAAAUGCGACACUUACUCAUUAUGAAAUGAAUCCGACACAAGGGAAAACUGUGUUGUUUGUGGGUGACAUUUCGUACGCUGAUAACUAUCCCGAUCAUGAUAACACAAGAUGGGAUUCAUGGGGAAGGUUUGCUGAGAGAAAUACAGCAUAUCAACCGUGGAUAUGGACCGCAGGAAAUCAUGAAAUUGAUUUUGCACCUGAAAUUGGAGAGACUGAACCUUUUAAGCCUUAUACUCACAGGUAUCAAGUCCCCUUUGAGGCAUCACAGAGCACUUCUCCUUUUUGGUACUCCAUCAAGAGAGCUUCAGCAUACAUCAUUGUUUUGUCUUCAUACUCCGCUUAUGGUAAAUACACUCCUCAGUACGAAUGGCUCGAGCACGAACUGCCCAAAGUUAACCGAAGCGAGACGCCAUGGUUGAUUGUUAUGACACAUUCCCCAUUGUAUAAUAGCUAUAUCUAUCACUAUAUGGAAGGUGAAUCCAUGAGAGUCCUGUUCGAGCCUUGGUUUGUCAAAUACAAAGUUGACGUCGUGUUUUCUGGCCAUGUCCAUGCCUACGAACGCUCGGAGCGCAUAUCGAACAUUGAAUAUGACAUUGUAAACGGAAAGUGUGAUCCAGUUAAAGAUGAAUCGGCUCCUAUAUAUAUAACCAUCGGGGAUGGAGGAAAUCUUGAGGGCUUGGCAUUCAACAUGACCGAGCCACAACCGAUGUACUCGGCUUUCAGAGAAGCUAGUUACGGGCAUGCCAUUUUUGACAUCAAGAACAAAACCCACGCGUAUCAUAGUUGGCACCGGAACCAGGACGGGUACGCUGUGGUAGCCGAUUCAAUGUGGUUUUACAAUCGAUAUUGGUAUCAUCAUGAGCAACAUGCAUCAUCAAAAUGAUAUGUUUACCUUCAUCUCAAAAACGAUAAAUAGGAUUAAUUGUUGUUUC